AUGUCAAGAGAACCCCGCAGACGACCCGUUCACCUGGGCACCCCAGGACCCCAAGGGUGCGACGGAACUCCAAGCCGGCGGCCGCAAUGGCUACGAUGGGGUCCUGAGGUGGAAGGUGACACUACCAAGCCCAUCCCUCUCCCACUCAUCGACGAAGACGAGGAAGAUGAGUGGAUUAAGAGCGGAAAUAUGGCGCUGCCAUGCGCGGAGCUCAGCGGUGAGGAGAGUGAGAGUGAUCUGUGGAGUGAUUCCGACGACAUAUGGACCAGCAGUGAGGACGAAGAUUCCUCCAGCGAUUGGGAGUCGGUCACAGACGCGGAUGAAGUGGAUGCGUGCGACCAAGUCCCCAUCGGGGGAUGUGGGAGGAGGGGAGGGAAGUAG